AUGCACUUCACUGCGACCUCUUUCACACCAUCACUGGUCGCUUCAUCUGUCGUAUUCCCCUCUGCCCACACACAAACCUGUACACAUACCGCACCCCUCGCCCCUCCAUCCACCAACUCACCACUCCCACCUUACUUCCCCCUCACUCCCUUCCCCCCUCCCCUCUCCCCCCCCUCCUCCCCUCCCCUUCUUCCCCCCUUCCCUCCCCCCCUCCCCCCCCCUCCUCUUGCCUCCCCUCCCCCUCCCUCCUCCCCCUCCCCUCCCUCCUCCCCCUCCCCUCCCUCCUCCCCCUCCUGUCACUGUCGUGACCUUACCCAUCCCGCCGUCCUCCUUCACCAUCGCUUGGGUCAUCCCAACUUUGCCACCCUUCGUCAAUCUGUCUCCUCUCAACUUCUUGAAGGACUUCCCCUCACCCUCCCCCCUCUCCCCCCGUCGCCCUCCCCUCCCUGCUCAGUCUGCGUUGAAAGCAAACUAAAGCAAGCCCCCCACAAGAGUCAUCCCUCCUUCUCUCCCCAACCCAUUGAUCUCGUCCACAUGGACCUCUGGGGCCCCAAUCCCACCCCCACCAGGCAAGGUCAUCGCUACCUGCUCAUACUGGUAGAUGACCACAGUCGGUACUCCACUGUCUCUCUCCUUCGCAAGAAGGCGGAGGCCCCGGCUGCCAUUAUUGCCUGGGCUGAACAAGCACGCACCCAUUUCAAACGCCCUGUCUCUCGCUUCCAUUCCGAUGGCGGCGGUGAGUUCCUUAACCGGAUGCUUUCCUCCUACUGCUCCACCCAUGGCAUUAUCCACACCUACACCCUUCCUCAUUCCCCUCAGCAAAAUGGUGUGGCGGAGAGCAGGGUUCGGGAGGUCACCAAGACCGCUCGAUGCCUCAUGGUCCAUGCCUCCUGCCCGCCUUCUCUGUGGGGUUAUGCUAUCCUCCACGCCGCCAUCCUCACUAAUCUCUACCCCCAUCCCUCACGGCCCACCACUACUCCCACCGAACUCUGGACCUCCACUAAACCCGACAUCUCCCCCCUGCGCGUGUGGGGCUCCAAGGCGUAUGUUCUCAUACACCCUGAGGACCGUUCACGUGCAGCUGGGAAACUUGCCUCCCGCACCCUCCCUUGCAUCUUCAUUGGUCAUAACCCCACCUCCCCGGACUACCUCUUCCUCCACCCCCCCUCAGGUCGUCUCAUUCGUAGUCGGGAUGUGGUUUUUGAUGAAGCCAAUCCGUACUACACCUCCCCCUCCGCCCCUAACCCCCUCCCCCUCACCAUACGUCCUCUCCUCUGGACUGACACUGUCAUCACCCCUCCCCUUCAACCUCCCCCCACCCUGGUCAUACCCGCACCCCCACCCCCUCCCCCCUCUCUCCCAACCUCCUCAGGGGACAUCCUUGACCCGGCUGCCCCACCCUCCCCUUCCGCUGUAACUCCCUCUCCCCCCACUGACCCUCCCCCUCUCCCCGCUGACCCCCCCCCUCCCUCCCCACCCCCUCCCCCUCCCUCCCCAUCCCCUCCCCCCCUGAACUCUCCCCCACCCCCUCCCCCCUCCCAACCUCCACCCUCCCCAUCUCCUCCUCCGCCCCCUCCCCCUCCACCAUCUCGGCCCUUACUUCCCUCCCCUCCUCUGCUCCUUCGUCACUACCCUCACACCCGCUCCACAGUCCCCAUCCUUGGUCCCCCACGGUCCAAUCACCUCUCCCUCCAGUCUCUCACAUCCAUUCCACUCCUCCACCACUCUAGCACUUCCCCACUCCCCCGCACCAGCCCCUCAGGUUCUCACACCAGCCGCGCUCCCGUCUCCCUGCCCCUCACGGCAACUCAGCGCAGCAGAGCAGCAUUGCAGCUGUCUCCUCGCCCCGACCCUCGGCGCAGCAGAGCAGCAGUGCAGCCGUGUUCCCGCUCCAGCCUGACCCUCCAGCGCAGCUGUCUUGCAUCUUCACCGCCUCCUCUUCCUCCUCCUCUCUCUCCGGACCUCUAUGAAGACUCUCAUGAUGAACUCCUUUUCCUCCACCUCCUCUCACCCACCAUCGCCCCUGUCGUCCGCACCAUGGCUGGUACUACGGUCCUUCUUUUCUCCAACACCCCCACCAUCUACGAACCCACCACCUACGAGCAAGCAAUUGCAUGUCUUGACGCACCUCUCUGGAUCGAGGCCAUGGUCAAGGAAUGCAACGCCUUCAUCCACAACCGCUCUUUCCUCGACGUCCCUCGCCCCUCCAAGCACAACGUGGUCAAAGGCAGGUGGCUCUUCCGAGUAAAACUACUCCCUGGUGAAGCUCCUGUCUACAAGGCUCGGUAUGUGGCGAAAGGCUUUACACAGACUUAUGGCUCGGACUUCUUCGAGACCUACUCACCUACCGCCACUCCGCCGGUCAUUCGCGUGUUUCUGGACUUCGUUGGCAGACGCGGGAUGCUCCUCCACUCCAUGGAUGUCACCACGGCCUUCUUACAAGGCGACCUCCACGAACUCAUCUUCUUGGAACGUCCCAAGGGCUUCCACGCUCCUCACGACCCUGCCACCGUCUGGAAACUACUACGCCCUGUUUACGGGCUCAAACAAGCACCUCGAGAAUGGCACGCCAAACUCUCAUCCACCCUUCGCGCACUUGGCUUUCGCCCCUCCCGUGCUGCCUCUUGCCUCUUCCUUCGCUUAACUCCGUCACCCUUCUUCAUCCUCGUCUACGUCGACGACAUGCUGCUAGCAGCUGAGACAGCUGCUGAACUUCAGGAGGUCAAGGAUGAGCUGCAGCAACGUCUCGCCUGCAAAGAUCUGGGGGAAGUCCGCAACUACCUUGGCAUGGAGAUCACCCGCGACCUCACUGCCAAGACUAUCACCCUCUCUCAGUCAUUCUACAUCGGGAAGGUGCUCGAGAGAUUCGGCAUGUCCAAAUCCAAACCCAUCCCCACACCACUUGCAUUCGGGCAUCGGCUGUCCCCUCCAGCCACUCCUGUCACCUCCCCUCAUCCCUAUGCAGAACUCGUUGGGGCCCUGAUGUACGCCAUGGUCUGCACUCGUCCCGACCUUGCAUACCCCGUCAGUGUCCUGGCGCGGUUUGUUGGCACUGGCAGGCAUGGUGAGGAGCACUGGAAGGCGGCCAUGCGUGUUCUGCGCUACCUCCAAGGCACAAAGGACUAUGGCCUCACGCUUGGUGGUGUGGACCCACCUGUUCUUCAAGGCUUCAGUGACUCAUCUUGGGCGGAUGCACAGCCGGACCAUCGCAGUUCUCAAGGAUAUGGCUUCUCCCUUGGGAGCGGCCUCAUCAGCUGGCGCUCCACUCGCUCCUCCUCCGUCGCCCUCUCCUCCUGCGAAGCCGAGCUGUACGCAGUCACCAUGGCGGCUCAAGAGGCACGCUGGCUUAGCUAUCUUCUCACCGACCUUGGCUCACCACAGCCCUGCCCCACCCUGUGGUGUGACAACGAUAGUACUUUCCACCUCACCAAGGAGGCCGUCUUUCAUGGUCGCUCCAAACACAUCGAACUCCGCUACUACUUUGUCCGCGAUCUUGUGCAAGAUGGUCACAUCACUGUUCGUAAAAUCGACUCGUCCGCCAACCUCGCUGACCUCUUCACCAAGGCUCUCCAUCGCUCUAACCACUCUGCGCUCCUGCGCCUUCAGGGACUUGCUCCCCGCGGUGGCUGA